UUGAACUGAGAAGAAAAUGAAAUAGAUUAUUGUACUUCCAAAGUGAAGUCAGACGCAAUGCAUUCAACUGCUGGUUUCUCCUGGUUGAAUAUUGGUAGGCCGAUUCAGCAAAUCCCCACGCUGAAUGCGACCUGGUCUUAUUAUCAAUCCCCACGCCUUUCCAUUCCGUAUGACGAUUGGGAUGCUCUUGUAAUCAAUGGCUGUGAAGGUUGGCGUUUUAAAAGGGAAGAUUAUAAAUGCUACUCCAUUUCAGAAGUGCGCUGCCGACUCGAAGACCAGCCAUAAAAACAAGGAUGAGUCUCUUGUCCACAAGUAUGGAUGCAGUUGAAGGAUCACGGUUUCAAUUACCAUGGCACAGAAGUCAUGUAUAGUGGUGUCUUGGGCACAGAACUUACGUGUGAAAUUUACAUCGGCUGUGUGUACUAUCAAAGACUUCGUCAUAUGGUUGGAGACAAGUAUCAGGUGAGAUCCACUGGUGCUGUGAAUCCUGUGACACGACAGCCUGUUAAAGGGCGAAAGUUUGGAAGUGGUAUUCGUUUCGGAGAGAUGGAGCGAGAUUCGUUACAUGCUCAUGGUGCAGCGUACUUGUUGCAUGAUAGGCUACAUACUUGCUCAGACUAUCCAACUGCGGACAUUUGUGUUCGAUGUGGAAGUCUGUUGCCUACCCCACCUGUAAUUCAGCAGAAGAGCAGUGCAGCUUUUGCUAUGGAAUUAGGGUCAAGUAAAGAGAGCAAAGUCAUCUGUAGAGUGUGCAAUUCAAGUCGGGAUAUUGAGCUUGUGGCCAUGCCUUACGUUUUCAGAUAUCCUGCCUCAGAGUUGGCAGCCAUGAAGAUCAAAUUAACACUUACAAUUAGCAAUGGCUGAUAUAUAAAAGUAUAUCUAUUUUCAG